CUCUUGACCAGAAUAGAGGUAUGAUUGGAUAGGGCGUUUGUGUGCAGUACGGUUUCGUUCCUUACUAGAAAUGCAAAGAGAGUAAAUUCAUUGAUUGUUUCUAACACGGUUCAGUACGUUGCUAAACUGCCAGAGUAAUUAUGAUAAAUGACUGUUAAGUGUGUCGAAUGGAUCCAUCAAUAUUCCCGGAAGAAAUAUGGAUAAAAAUACUGACGUAUUGCGACGUGAAAGAUAUACUGUCAUGCUCUUCCACUUGCAAGUAUCUGAAUAAAGUCGUCACUUCGGAUUAUUUAUGGAAGCUGAAAUGGACACAGCUGGAGUCUGUAUGCAAAUUCAACUUCCCAGAUGUGCAUGGGGCACGGCUGAACCACAAGGAGGUGUGCAUGCGACUGCACACCAUCCUGCAGUCUGACACAGUGUUUCGACGUUGCUACCAUUGUAUGGAAUUUUCGUGUCAUUCAUACUGUGUGGAGAAACAUGGCUCCAAGGUUGUUGUAGACAUAGGGAACAAAUUCACUUGGAUUGUGACACCAAGCUUUGGUGUCCGGCGACACUUCACCAUGUUAGGCAUCCCCAAGGUGCCACCAAAUGACAGGAGCAGCUCACAGGAGGGGACUGACAGUGCUGAGGUUAUGGCAUCGUCUACCCUCCCCACAACCCACACCUCGAAGCUUGAUCGCCGAGCAAGUGGUCCAUUCUGUGUGUUCUGCAAUCCAGUGAAACUGUAUCGUGAGAAGAAGCGAGUUUCUGAACAGAAUCGGGGAGCCUGUGGCCCCAGCCGUUAUGCGGACCUUAUAAAUGGUUUCUGUACUGAGACUGUCAACAUUCUGGGGAUCCCAAACAUGGAUGUUGUGAGUCCUGCUGCAGCCCUACUGCGAGAUGAUCACUUCCCUGUUGUACAAGAAUUUAUGGGCCACCUUUUCCAUCAGAUGGGUCUGCUCCCAGUGCUGCAGAAACCAAAUGCCGUUCUGGUGUUCUGUGAACCUCUAGCCAUGAGCAACGCCGUCCGCAUGAGCUUGCUGCACUACCUGUUCCUCAGGAUAAAAGUUUCUAGAGUGUGUAUGGUUGCCAAGCCUCUUGCAACAUGUGCCAUGGCAUGGAUGGACACAUGCGUGGUUGUGGACAGUGGUGCUUUCAGCACAUCUGUAGCAGUUGUAUUGAAUGGCCAGGUGGUGCCAGAACGCUGGAAACACAUCCCAGUUGGCGGAUGGCAUGUUGCUGAGUAUUUGAAACAGGCCAUGCAGUGGCAACCUGAGGAGUACACUGAGAUCCCCGUGUCAUACCUGGACGCAUUGCUUGUGAAGGAGAAGUGUCGUCUGAGUUACAACUUUGCAUGUGAGGAGCGUCGAAAAGGACCUGCACGUCGGGAGCACAUAAACUUGCGUGUGGACAGCUAUGCAGACUACAAGCAGUUCUGGAGGGUAUCCCUAGGGCCAGAGCUCUAUCUUGCCCCAGAGAUGAUGUACACUAGUCUUGGACUUCCACAGGCAAUCCGGGAUGUGACAGAUGGGCUGCCUGUGAACAUCCUGAAGGAGUGUCUGCGUCACAUUCUGCUGACAGGUGGCAACACUGACCUGAUGGGCUUCAAGACACGUGUGGCACGAGACCUGUGCGAACUGCUACCAGAGUACAGCACUGUGCUGAAUGUUCAGAUGUGUCCAGGCUCCAGCAGCUGGAGUGUGGCCAUGGGAUCUACGUACGUGACUAUGCCAUGUUCAGACCAACCCAACCGAACUCUUGGCAGUCCAUUCUGGCUGUCUCGUGAGGAGUAUAUUUUGUAUGGCUGUGAUUCGUUUGGUGAGGCCAUGUGAUGGAACAGCGUGUUGAUAAUCACCAAACAGACGGGUCUGAUGACUGUGACUGCUCCUCACCGUACCACCUUACACAUGUGAAUACAGACGUAACAUAUGAAUCGCAGAUCCCAAAACUAUUCAAAAUGAAACUACUCUGAGGUUAUGGUUUUGAUGCCUUGGGCUGUCCAUACAGGUCUGUCAAAACUGGUGGUUCCCUGCUCUAAUUCAUAUGAAAUUUUACAGAAGACCAUGUGCACAUUUACAAAGAGAGCUGUGACAUUCCUUGAAAAAUGAUCCUUCAUACAGAAAUUUAUAGUAUAAUUUGGACGACUUCUAUAUUCAUAGUUACACUGAAUUUUGUAAAUAAAUGUGGUACCAAAGGAAGGCAAUUAAAACCAGUAAAUUGCUA